CACCACUCGGCGUAUCUAUCAUCUCGCACUUACACGCCUAUCUUUGAUUUUUUUUCAAAAUGAGAUAUAUCCGUUUCCUCAAACUACCCCGAAUUGUAGAUGGAAAAAAUCCAGCAAAGGCCCACAUAUUUUGUCUUAUUUCCAUUACUUCAGAUCUGGGAGACUCGUUCCUACCGUAUGAUGUGCAGCUAUUCACUGAACUCUGCUCAGAAAAAGGUGACGGGAAAUUCUUCAUUCAAAAGACUGUCCAAUGGACUGCUGUGAUGCGGAGUCUACCUAUCCGUAUUCCCCUUGGCGGAUCGCAAGUGGUCUGGCCUGCUGUAAUCCGCGUAGGAAUAGAGCCUUCCUUGUCUUCAGAUGAUUUUAUGAAACUGUGCGACAAAGGCUCUCGCGGCGUAGUCUCCGCCUGGAGUGCGCCAAUAUCUCCUUCCGGUGGCACUAGAGAUGCUGCAAAACUUGUCGAGAGACGGUUUGCUCUCUCUGCUCAAAAUAAAAUGUUUAUUUUGGAAGAGACAGGCGAAAGCAUUGCUCGUCAUUUGUGGGAUGCUGGUAUAGCACUGUCCUGUUAUUUAGGUGGACUUAUCGACACUCCGAAGGAAACCCCUUUGGCAAAGAUCUUCCAAUCGCCAAAAGACAAAAGACGACUUCAAAUCCUUGAGCUUGGUACAGGCUGUGGAAUGGUUGGAAUAUCCCUUGCUCAAAUCAUCGAGCGAGCCGAUAUUAUCACAAGUGACCUUCCCGAAGCCGAGGAGAUAUUCAAACUGAAUAUGAGUAAAGCUAUCCUAGGAACAGGCUCUACAAUGAAGUUUCGAACGAUAGACUGGGAAGAAAGUUUGCCAGAUCUGCGUAUUGGCUCUCCUAGCUGUGCGCACUGUACUCAGUUUGAUGUAAUUGUCGCAGCUGACUGCACCUAUAAUCCGGAUAGCAGUCCGGCAUUAGUUAAGACAAUAUCCCGACUCACCGAAUGCUCUCCAGCUGCAGCCGUCAUCCUUGCGAUGAAGGUGCGGCAUUCGAGCGAGAGCAUCAUCUUUGAUCUCAUGCUUGAGGCUGGAUUUAUUAUCGAAACCACCAGUUGCCUACCGCUGCCUGGUGACGAUGAACUGGGCGAGGAGAACGUGGAAGUCUUCAUCUUUCGCCGCAAUAGUAAAAGUUAGCUGCCAAAAGUAGGUUCCAGCCAAACGCUGCUAUAGCCGAUAAGCAAGCAGUCGUCCGGCUAGUUUGGUGUGAUCAGGUGCGAGAGAGGCCAUGCCUUGUCUGAUGUUCGG